AUGAUUGCCUUAGAUGCAAGCAGCACGAGGAAGAAAGCUUCGCAAAAAAUGUGCUUCCGGUUGAUUGUCGUCGGGCAAAUUCUCCGAAGCAAGCCAAGGACAGCGGCAGACCCGACCAACAGCUCAUUGCGGCCUCCCCACUCUGACUUGAACCGCACGACGUCCAUCUCUCGUAUGCUCACCUUGAGAGCGAUAUCGCUUACCUUCCGACCACAAUCUCGAAACAGUCUCAGCCUGCUCAGCAACCACAUCCGGGGCCCCUCCUACUCCUCCAUUCGAUCCUUCCACGCACCAUCUCGGACCUUUGCCCGAUUCUCGCAUAGGGAUCAGAACGCUAACCUCUCCGCUCGACCUGCCCCUUCCUCGCUCUCCUAUCCCAAGAUGCCGCAACUCGUGGGCUCGAUCGACGCUGGUACCACCAGCGUCCGCUUCAUGGUGUUUGACGAGUUCGCAAAGGUGCACGCCUCGCACCAGAUGGAGUUCAACCAAUACUACCCGCACCCAGGCUGGCACGAGCAAGAUGCGCACGAGAUCAUCGACUGCGUAUACGAGUGCAUCGACAAGGCGCUAGAAAAGCUCGAACAAGCCGGCAAAUUCAGCAAGACCGACGUCAAGGUCAUCGGCGUCACCAACCAGCGAGAGACCACCGUCGUGUGGGACAAGAACACCGGCAAAGCGCUCACACGAGCCAUCGCCUGGCCCGAUGCGCGCACCACCUCCACCAUUCGACAACUCGAAUCAAAGCACCCGAAAGGCGUCGAUGCCGUCAAGGAAGAGACCGGCUUGCCGCUCUCCACCUACUUUGCCUCGGUCAAACUUCGUUGGAUGCUCGACAACCUGCCCGAGGUGCGAAAGGCGCACGACGACAAGCAGAUGCUCUUCGGUACCGUCGACAGCUGGAUCGUCUACAACUUGACCGAUAAGCAAGUCCACAUCACCGACGCUUCCAACGCUUCGCGAACCAUGUUCAUGGAUCUGCGGGCGCAGACCUGGGACAAGAAGCUGUGCGACUUUUUCGAGAUCGACAUGGACAUCCUACCCGAGAUCAAGAGCUCGUCCGAGGUGUACGGCAAGGUGUCGCAUGGUAUGCUCAAGGGUGUCGAGAUCGCAGGUAUUGUGGGCGACCAGAUGGCCGCGUUGGUGGGCAACAAGUGCUUCCAGCCUGGUGAGGCGAAAAACACCUACGGCACCGGCGCUUUCUUGCUGUACAACACGGGCGAAAAGGUCGUCUCGUCCAAGAACGGGCUGCUUUCCACCAUCGCAUACAAGGCAGGCCCCGAUGCACCCGUGCACUAUGCCUUGGAAGGCUCUAUCGCUGUGGCUGGCUCGGCCGUCAAGUGGGUGCGCGACAGUCUAGGCCUCAUCAAGGAAGCGAGCGAGAUCGGCGAGUUGGCAGGUCAGGUCGAAGACACAGGAGGAGUGUACUUUGUCACGGCAUUCAACGGUCUCUUCUGCCCCUACUGGGACGACACAGCAGCAGGUACCGUCGUUGGCAUCACCGCCUACACGGACAAGCGUCACUUCUGCCGUGCCACGCUCGAGUCCACGUGCUACCAGACAAAAGCCAUCCUCGACGCCAUGUCCAAGGACUCGGGCGUUGCGCUCAAGGCGCUGCAGGUCGACGGCGGUUUGACCAACUCGGACGUGGCCAUGCAGAUCCAAGCUGAUAUCUUGGGCAUCAACGUCGAGCGUCCCGAGAUGCGCGAGAGCACCGCGUUGGGUUCGGCGCUGCUCGCCGGCUCGGCAGUGGGGCUGUUCGGCUGGGACAUCAACAAGCCAGAGACGUUGAGCAAGGUCAACACCGCAGACUGCAUUAAAGUUGACCGACCUCCGGCUGCAUCCUUUCCUCCUGUUUGCCACCUUCCCCUCGUUCGUCCCGUUUUCGAAAGUCAAGAGCGUCUGAAAGGAGCGCUGGCUACGGACGGCUCGCAUUCAUCCCAUCAACAUCAUCAACAUCGUCAACAUCAUCAACAGCACGUAGGGGCGCUGUCUCUAGAACAAAGCUCGUCAAGCACGAUGACACCUGCGACGACCACAGCCACGGCGAGCGAGCCAGCGUCUGCCAACGCGAAGACGCCUUCCCUACACUUGCUCGCUGAUCUCGCGGGCCACUCGACUGUAGCAUGGCAUCUUGCAUGGAAUCCACGCAUCCCCGUCUUGGCAUCCUGUUCUACCGACAAAGACGUUCGGCUGCACGCAUACUCUUUCGUCUCGACCACAUCCGCAGACGGCCCCUCAUCCUCGAAGCGCCCAGCCUUCAACCUGCGAGAGGUGAUUCCGACAGGUCACCAACGCACCGUAAGGCAGAUUGCAUGGUCGCCAGACGGCAAGAUCCUAGCCACCGCAUCCUUUGAUUCGACCGUGGGUAUCUGGGAGAGGAUACAGGACAUCGAUGGCUCAGCCGAGCAGGAAGACGACGGCGACGCUGGUGGACCUGUCGCGCUCAGCAACGGCGGUGCGCAUGUGGACGAGCCCGAGUGGGACUGCAUCGGUACACUCGAAGGCCACGAAUCGGAAUGCAAAUCGGUAGCCUUCUCCCACACGGGCGGCGUGCUGGCGUCGUGCAGCCGAGACAAGUCGGUGUGGAUCUGGGAGGUGCAGCCGGAUGCCGAAUUCGAGUGUCUUUCGGUGCUGAUGGAGCAUUCUCAAGAUGUCAAGGAGGUCGCAUGGCAUCCCACCGACGAGAUUCUGGCCUCUGCAUCCUACGACGACGCCAUCAAGCUCUACAUCGACGACCCCUCGGACGAUUGGUUCUGCUACGCCUCGCUUACAGGACACGGCUCGACCGUGUGGAGUGUCUCCUUCUCGCCCUGCGGCAACUACCUCGCAUCCGCAUCCGACGAUCUUUCGAUUCGCAUCUGGCGCCGUCUAAACGCGGAUGAGUGUGAGACGCAUGGGCUGAAACCCGAUGGCAAGAUGCCGGGCAGGAGAGGCGAAAAGUGGAUCCCGACCAACGUGCUCAAGGGACACCACGUCCGCACAAUCUACACGGUGUCUUGGGGAGCCGACAAGUCGUCGACACGUGCGGGCAAUCUGGGACGUAUCGCGAGCGGCGGCGGCGACGGCCGCAUCUGCGUCUACGAGGUGACCGCGUCGGACGACAAAACGUCGUUGCAGCCCACAGUGGAGCUCGUCGCCAAGAUGGAGAGAGCGCACGGAACCGCCGAUAUCAACUGCGUUGCGUGGGCGCCAGAGAGUCUCAACGCCAGAGCUGGUGCAGCGGCCAAGAUCGAGGAGCUGAUGGAAGACGGAGAGACACCGAAGAGCGGCGGUGGACGGGGAUCGCAUCACUUCAUGUCGGACAUGCUGGCGAGUGCCGCUGAGGACGGAACCAUCAGGGUGUGGACCAUGCCGACGUCGCCGUAUGCCGUUGCGAGCGACUAG